AUGUUAGCAGUUGAACGAUGGGAGUGGGAUAUGAUAUGCAAUGAGUUAGGUCCAGUGCAUGGCCUGAAUGGAAAUGAAGAUAUAGUAGAUUUUUUUGUGGGUUUUACUGUCAGGAAAUAUUAUCAAGUGCAGGUGCAGGAAGAGCCAGUUGGUGACUUUAAUAACUAUCUUUGGAAGAAGAAUGUUCCACCAAAAAUAAGCUAUAUGUUAUGGGCUUAUUUCCAUGAUUCACUACCUACUUUUGCUAUGUUAAGCCAUAAAAGAAUUGAGGUGCAGAAUGAGAACUGUUUGUUUUGUAACAAUGAGAUUGAAACUGCAGAUUACAUGUUGUUGCAUUGUGAUUUUGCGUUUAAGGUUUGGUCUAAAUUCAUUGAGGGUUUCAACAUUGCUUGGGUGGCGCCAGUUUCAGUGUUACAUCAAUUUGAUUCUUGGAAGCUUAAAAUUUUACAAGGCAGGAGAAAGGAAAUUUGGUGGAAAGUUAUAUAUGCAGUCACUUGUCACAUGUGGAAGGAAAUGAAUUCUAGAAAUCAUGGAGGGAGAGCUAAGGAUGUGGAGGAACUCUGUUUAGUUAUGAGACAAAUUAUACUUCUUUCGUUAUCAGAAACCACAGUGUUUAAAGAUAUGUCUGUAAAAAAAAAAAAUUUAAUUGGAACACUGUCUUAA